AUGCAAACAUCCCGCUUUUGGUUAUCACAGGGAGAUAGUGACUCUGACUCUGAUGAUGAGGAGAGUAAAUCUGAGGAAAUUUUUUCUGAUGUUGCCCUUCCACCAACUAGGAGGGAUGAUGAUGGCCUUAGAAAAUACUUAGUCAGCUCAAGUGACAGUGAUGAAUUGGAUACUCAUCGUGUGGUGCGGCCAUUGAAGGUGGAACUUAAUGAGGUGAUGUGGUCCACUGUUGAACAGAUACGAAGUGCAAUGAAGAUCAAUGAUUGGGUUAGUCUCCAAGGUUGCUUUGAGAACCUCAACAAACAGCCAGAGAAAGUGGUUCGUGUAAGUGAGUUCAACAAGCUUCCAAAUGCAUACAUCCUCGCUCUUAUGUUGCUAGAGGACUUUCUCACCGAGUCAUUGGCAAAUAAUAAGGAAGCCAAGAAGAAGAUGAGCAGCAGCAACUCAAAGGCACUCUAUUCAAUGAAGCAAAAUCUUAAGAGGAACAACAGGCAGUAUGCUGAGCUGAUACUGAAAUGCAGAGAGAAUCCAGAGUGUUUUAACAAGGAGGAUGCAAAUGACAAUAGCAAGGAUGAUAGUGAUGAUGAUUAUGAUGAUAUUGAAAUAAAUAGGUUGUCAUCUAAUGAGGGGAAGGAUGAUAAUCAGGAAGGUAACCAGAAGGAAGGACCAGGGGAAAAGGAGAAGGUCGAGAAGGAUAAGCUCAUGGACAAGCAGUUCCCUAAAGACCCAAGUGAGAUUACUUGGGAGAUUAUUGAUAAGAAGCUGAAGGAAAUUGUAGCAUCAAGAGGCAGGAAAGGCACUGGGAGGGUUGAAAGGGUAGAUCAGCUCAUGUUCUUGACUUGUGUGGCAAAAACACCUUCUCAGAAGCUUGAAGUUCUUUGCCAUGUGAUUUCAGCUCAGUUUGACAUCAAUCUAGCUUUCUUGCAAUAUCCUAAUAUUGUGAUUGGCAACUUAGUUGAGCCUAUGGAGGAGAUUAGUAAUGGUGCUGAUUAUGAUGGAACUAUCCAUGUGUCAGAGGUCGUGAAUAGAAGACCUAUUUUUCCUCCAAGUAGUAGGACUUUGAUGGAUGGAUUGACAUCUCUAAUUUAUAAGUAUGGCGAUGAAAGGACAAAAGCCAGAGCAAUGCUAUGUGACAUAUACCACCGUGCAAUCUCUGAUGAAUUCCCAGUUGCUCGUGACUUGCUAUUAAUGAAUAAUUUGCAAGAUGGAAUCAAGCUUAUGGACAUAUCUUCGCAGAUCUUGUUUAACAGAGUCGUUGCCCAGCUGGGUCUUUGUGCUUUCAGGGCUGGACUGAUAACUGAAUCCCAUGAUUGCAUAUCUGAGUUAUAUGCAACUGGGAGAGUUAGAGAAUUGCUUGCACAGGGUGUACGUUAUGGCCGUUAUCAUGAGAAAACUCCUGAGCAGGAAAGACUUGAGAAGAGACGGCAGAUGCCUUACCACAUGCAUAUAAACCAUGAACUUUUAGAAGCCACAUAUUUCAUUUCUGCCAUGUUAAUAGAGGUGCCUAAUAUGGUGGCCAGUCCUUAUGGUAACCGGAAACCUGUGAACAAAACAUUCCGUGGGCUUCUUCAAUUCAGCGAGAGGAUGACUUUUGUUGGCCCUCCGGAGAAUGUCAGAGGCCAUGUUAUGGCUGCUGCAAGAGCCCUUAAGAAGGGUGACUACCAAAAGGCUUUUGAUGUCAUCAGUUCUCUUGAGAUCUGGAAGCUGUUGAGGAACACGGAGCAUGUCCUUGAUUUGCUGAAGCUUAAGAUCAAAGAAGCUGCUAUUAAAACCUACCUCAUUUCUUAUUCAGCCUGCUAUGGCUCUCUAAGCCUGGAGAAGUUAUCUGUGAUGUUUGACCUGACAGAAUCACAUACACAAAAUAUUGUCAGCAAGAUGAUGAUGCAAGAGGAGCUUCAUGCAAGGUGGGACCAACCAACACGCAGCAUUGUCUUUCAGAAUGCCGAGCAAACCAGGCUGCAGAGACUACUCUCCCAGAUGGCAGAUAACGUUUCGGUCAUUGCGGAGAGAAAUGAGAUGGCAUAUGGCGGUAAAUCUCUGGUGGAGGAAGUGCCGAGACGCAAGGCUGAUAAUCAGGACCCUUCAAAAUUAGGGAGGUUGCAGAAGAACUUAGUGCCAUUGCAACGUCCUGGUUACACUGGAGGAGCGGCAGGCUUCACUCAAGCUGGUCUGAUGUACCCGAAGGACAGUAACAGUAAGGGCUUGCAUGGUAACUAUGGAAGGGUUAACAAGCAUGCUUAUCCAUGUGCAGCCAGCAUGGUGAACCUGAAAAGGGCCAUUGGAGUUUAG